UAACAGCCCAAACUCUCCAGUCCCCAGUCCCCACUGGCCACAGCAGAAUCAUAAUUUGUUUAUCACUUCCUAUUUCAUAGUACAUUGCCUGAACUGAAUAACAAACACCUUCAAGAACCAUUAAAACUGAUUUCUAUACUGAAAUUAGCUUCAGCCAUAAACCAUAGGCCCAUAGUUUUGUUUUUCUGUCAAGAAAUGCUCCCUAGUGAUACAAGAAUGGAGAAAGCCAGAAAUGAAGUGAAGAAACAGAUGCAUUUAGGAAAUGUUGUGGCAAAGAUGAGAAGAUUGCCUGGUUUGGUGUGGAAAAAGAUAUGGACAGUUGGUCGGGAAGAUCCGCGAAGAGUCAUUCACUCUUUGAAAGUUGGGUUGGCAUUAACACUAGUCUCCCUAUUGUAUCUGAUGGAGCCACUCUUUCAAGGAAUUGGACAAAAUGCCAUUUGGGCUGUCAUGACUGUGGUUGUGGUGCUUGAGUUUACUGCAGGGGCAACUCUGUGCAAAGGAUUGAAUAGAGGAGUUGGGACUCUAUGUGCUGGGUCACUGGCAUUUUUCAUUGAGUAUAUUGCAAAUGAGUCGGGUCACAUAUUUCGAGCUAUUUUUAUUGCAUUUGCUGUCUUUCUGAUUGGUGCUUCAGCUACAUACAUGAGGUUCUUUCCAUAUAUAAAGAAGAACUAUGACUAUGGCAUUGUAAUUUUCCUCCUAACCUUCAAUCUGAUUACUGUUUCAAGUUAUCGCGUCCACAAUGUAUUGAAAAUUGCACAUGAACGCUUUUAUACCAUUGCGAUUGGUUGUGGCAUCUGCCUUCUCAUGAGUCUGCUGGUUUUUCCAAAUUGGUCUGGGGAAGACCUCCAUAAUUCCAUAAUCUUCAAGCUUGAAGGGCUAGCAGGAUCAAUAGAAGAUUGUGUUAAUGAAUACUUUCAAGAUGGGGGAAACAAAACUCACUCACCAGACAAUCACAUCUACAAGGGCUACAAGGCAGUUUUGGACUCCAAAUCCACUGAAGAGACCCUGGCACUACAUGCGAGUUGGGAGCCAAGGCAUUCAAGACACUGUUACAGGUAUCCAUGGCAACAGUAUGUAAAAUUGGGAGCUGCUCUUCGACAUUUUGGAUACACAGCUGUGGCUUUACAUGGUUGUGUGCAAUCUGAAAUUCAGACCCCACAGUCUGUCCUUGCUUUCUUCAAGGACCCAUGCAUCCGAGUAGCCAAAGAAGUAUCAAAGGUAUUAAUGGAACUAGGAGACAGCAUUAGGAAUCAUCGUCGCUGCUCUCCAGAGGUGCUGUCUGAUCAUCUUCAUGAAGCUUUACAAGACCUCAAUAAUGCCAUCAACUCCCAGCCUAGACUCUUCCUCAGCUCCAACCAUAAGAAGUCCAGGAACAUGAUUGCUGCAGCUGCUGCAGUUGCCAAUCAAAAGUCUUCCAAGGACUCUGGGGUCUCCUUAUCUUCUGUCAAGACUGACACAUCAGCAUUGCUAGAAUGGAGAACCAAACGGGUCAGUGAUCAUUCAGGGGAAUCAGAGAGCAAAUCCUUAAGGCCAACUUUGAGUAAGAUCGCCAUUACUAGCCUUGAAUUCUCUGAAGCACUUCCAUUUGCUGCCUUUGCUUCUUUGCUGGUAGAGACUGUGGCGAGGCUCGACCUUGUUAUUGAAGAAGUUGAAGAACUGGGGAGGAAAGCAAGCUUCAGGGAAUUAAAACCUGGUGAAGAACAGAUUACUGUGACUUGUGAGAAACCGCGGGCAGGAGGGAAUGCUGUGGAUUUGCAGACAAAUUUGGGUACUGAGGGAACAGUCUGAUAAGAUGCUUAUAGUAAUGCACCAUAGGCUCUGGAACCUUAAUUAGCAUUUGGGGUGACUAAUUUGUCCUUGUCCCUGCUAAAAUAAUAUGUAGUAAAGAAGGACAUCUAUGAUUCCUCUUGAAAAUAAUUGUCAUUGAGAAUUGAAGUCAAACUACAGGAAUUGAAACAACUCAGUAUUGAUUAAUUUCUCGAUCAAAAUUAAAAAAAAAAUACUUGGGUUAUUUUAGUAUGUGGGUUUCACCAAGGUGAUCAUAUGUACGUUGAAUUGUGCUAUUUUAUUUUGGAGCCAAUGAGAAACACUUUUUGAUCUUA